GUCGCUUCACAUUCGAUCAUAUUCCAUUUCGAAAAGCUUCAGCAGAUGAGAAUGAUGAGACCGAAGUGACAAGUGCUUUCGAUCUGCCAUCGUCAUCUGGCAAAGACCCAGAACGUCUGAAAGAUGUGCUGAUGACGGUACGACGCCACGAGGACUCCGGUGCUACCCAUCCAGUUCUCCAACGGAAGGAAUCAGUCAUUCAGUCUACGAGGACCGCCGAUACCGCUCAUACUCCGGUCGGGAGAACCGAAUCGCUUCCGAUCCCGCGAGGAUAUGGCAAUCAACUGAGCGUUUCAGUGCCGGACACUCCACUGGAAAAGGGCUACGGUGCACCCUUCUUUCUGCUGCCCUCAGCUGGACAUCCGAUCGUCUCGUCGUCACUGUCCAGCCCAAUAUCAUCUACAGAAUCCUUUCGACUCGCCGCAUCACCUUCCUAUGUAGGACUGUCGCCAACGCCACGAACUGAUGGUGGUUCAACGUCAGAUCUGCAAAAGUCGCCUGGAUCACUGUCUUCGGAAACACAGGGUGACGAUGACGAUAAAAAGCAGUACUACUGUACCAUCUGCAAGAAAGACUUCAAGCGCCCAGACAUACUUUCAAGACAUCUACGGCGGCAUACUGGUGAGAAACCUUUCGGUUGUGAUUCUUGUGGGCGAUAUUUCUCGCGUUCCGACCACCUACGAACGCAUCGACGGACACACACAGAUGAAAAACCUUACCAGUGUACGAUCUGCUCGUACGCAGCUAGACGUCGCGACGUGCUCACAAGACAUAUGAGCACUCGUCAUCAAGCCAAAGCCGGUCUCUCAAUUUUCCAGAAACAUCGUGACAUAAGAAGAUGCCUCAGCGACGGCGAUCAUUCACUGACUUCUUCAGUUGCUUCUGGAGAGCCCAGCACACCGAAAAGAAUACGUCACACAACAGACAUAUCGCCAGUUCGUGAACACCCAGAACAGCGAGAUCGAACUCUGACAGAGAUUGCCACUCCCCGCGAUCGGCUUGUCACGGACACAUCUCAAGAAGAAAUUCCUUCGAUGAAUGAAAUCGAAGACGACGUCAUUGUUGAUGUUUGUGAGCUCGAAGAAGAGGAUGAGGAUGAUGACGAUGAUGAUGAAGAAGAUGACGGCGAAACUGGUCAAUAA